AACGCGAGCGGAUCUGCCGACAACCGAUCUGCGAUUUUCCAGUGGAUUAUUAUUAACCAUGUUGCAGCUGCAACUCAUCGUGGUCUCCUGCCUUUUGGUCCUGGCCACCUGUAAGGUGCACAAACAAACGCCCUCGAACAGUUGGCGGGACAUGCUCUUCGGCAGCAAGUGGCUAACUCCCGCACCCCGUUGGCGGGAGUCCAAAUUUUUGCCCAUCUUUGCCCUGGUUCCCAUCGGUCCUGGCAGCUGUUCAGCGCCCUCGGGCGAACAGGGAAAUUGCAUUCCCAGCAAGGACUGUGCGCUGAGGAAUGGCAUUCCAGCUGGUCCCUGUGGCGGUGGCUAUGGCGUCUGCUGCAUCUUUCUUCAGACCUGCGGCGGUGUGAUACGCGAGAACUCCACCUACUUUGUGAACCCCAACCAUCCGGAUGUCUACGAUGGCACCGGAAGCUGUCAGGUAACUGUCCAAAAACUCCAUCCGGAUAUUUGCCAGCUGCGUCUGGACUUGGACAUGUUUUCGAUAGCACCUCCAGAGGCAGCCAAUCACCUGUGCAACCAGGAUCAGCUGCUGAUAUCCGGCGGCAGUCCCACGCCCACCAUUUGUGGCAGUUCGACGGGAGAUCACAUGUACAUUGACGCGGGUCUUGGCCAGAGCAACCCGAUUGUUUUAUCGGUCAUCACCAGCGCCAGUUUCCCACGUCUGUGGCGCAUCCGCGUCACCCAGAUCCACUGUGGCAGCAUCAGUCGCGCGGAUCAGGGCUGCCUGCAGUACUACACGGCUAUCAGUGGGCGCGUGCGCAGCUUCAACUACAACACGAUUGGUGGAAGGCAGCUGUCCAACCAGGAUUACAGCAUCUGCAUCCGGAACGAACGCAACUUCUGCGGAAUUCAGUACAACGCCUGUCCUGAUCUGGAGAACAACCGAUCCAGGGCGUUCACCCUCUCGGGAAAUUCCAACAAUCCAGUGCCCACAAUGGUGGGUGGUGGCGGUUCAGUGCCGCCCAAUCCCAACGGUUGUGUGAGCGAUUGGCUGCUGAUUGGGUGUAUAAGGUCGGCGGAUAGGAUUCCUCCGCUGCCAGGAUGCGAGGAUCGAGUUUGUGGGGGGACCUUCAGCGCAGAGGCUGGUAUGCUGGCCAAAACUGUGCAAUCCAGCGUUCGUCCUUUCCGGCUGUACUUUCACACGGACGGAGUAGAGGCGCCCAAUGAUAUAGACAAUCGGGGCUUUUGCCUUGAUUAUGUUCAGCAGCCAUGCACCAAUGGUUUUUAGCUGACAUCCCAAAAGUAUGCAAUACUCUUUUUUCCAACAUCCAAGACAUGAACCGCGCGACUUAAGUCGCUGGGAAAUUGUGAUCGGCGCUGCAAAAGUCGCAGGAAAAACGCGCACUCUUUUUGUAUGUAAUAAAUAUGUUUUAUUUAUUGAUUUUCGUAAUUAAGUUAGACAUAACUUUAAGAUUUAAUUUAAUUUAGAAAGCACAAUUCGUGUCGUAUUUUGGUACAAAUUUUAAUGACGUGGCUAGGGACAUCGAAAUUUCUUAAAAUCGUUUCCAACUACUAA